CGGCCAUUUUUAAUAAGGGUAUCUUCCAUUUCUGAUUGUGCACCAGCUGCCAUCGCGACCACUAGUUUCCAUCCCCUCUAGUGCGCCCUCGGGGGCUCUAGUGACCUACCUCCUUCCCUUGGGCCCAGGCCGGGGAGGCGUUCUCGGGCGCGGGAGGUUCCACAGGCCCAGCCGGGGCCAGGGGAGGCAGCCGACUUGUCGUCGGGUCUGACAGUCCCCAUGGCGCCGCCUCUGGCCACGCUCUACUCCCAGGACCCAAACGGGGCCGGGCCCGAGUGGAGGGAGCCCGGGGCCGUGACCUUCGGGGACGUGGCCGUGUACUUCUCCCGGGAGGAGUGGAGCUGUCUGCGGCCCGCGCAGAGGGCCCUGUACCGGGAUGUGAUGCGGGAGACCUACAGCCACCUGGGCGCGCUCGGAGUCGGAGGCAGCAAGCCGGCGCUCAUCUCCUGGAUGGAGGAGGAGGCUGAAUUGUGGGGUCCGGCUGCCCAGGAUCCGGAGCUGGCGGAGUGUCCGACAGAAGCGGACCCAGAUUCCAGAAACAAGGAAGAGAAAAGACCAAGGGAAGGGAUGGGAGCCCUGGAGAAGCCCCUCCGUGUGGCCACAGGGCCUCUUGGGCUGAAGGCUCCUCAAGCCCCCUCGGCCAGGCCCCCUUAUGGUUGGGAGCUGAGGUCCAAUGCACCGUGCCGGGGACGCCCCUCGCUCUGUGCCCACCCCCCUGUUCCCCGAGCGGACCAGCGUCAUGGCUGCUACGUGUGCGGGAAGAGCUUCGCCUGGCGCUCCACGCUGUUGGAGCACGUCUACAGCCACACGGGCGAGAAGCCCUUCCACUGCGCGGACUGCGGCAAGGACUUCGGCCACGCUUCCUCCCUGAGCAAACACCGGGCCAUCCAUCGCGGGGAGCGGCCCCACCGCUGUCCCGAGUGUGGCCGGGCCUUCACACAGCGCUCUGCGCUGACUUCGCAUCUGCGUGUCCACACUGGCGAGAAGCCCUAUGGCUGCACUGACUGCGGCCGCCGCUUCAGCCAGAGAUCUGCCUUGUACCAGCACCGGCGCGUGCACAGCGGCGAGACCCCCUUCCCCUGCCUGGACUGCGGUCGUGCCUUUGCCUACCCCUCGGACCUGCGGCGCCACAUGCGCACCCAUACCGGUGAGAAGCCCUACCCAUGCCCGGACUGCGGACGCUGCUUUCGCCAGAGCUCGGAGAUGGCAGCCCACAGGCGCACCCACAGUGGCGAGAAGCCCUACCCCUGCCCGCAGUGCGGCCGCCGCUUUGGCCAGAAGUCAGCCGUGGCCAAACACCAGUGGGUCCAUCGGCCUGGGGCGGGGGCUCACAGGGGCCGGGGCGCAGGGGGGCUGUCUCUGACCUUGACCCCUGGCCGCGGGGACUUGGACCCGCCGGUGGGCUUCCAGCUGUACCCAGAGAUAUUCCAGGAGUGUGGAUGACGGCUUCAAAAGUGACUAUCUAGCCGGGCGCGGUGGCUCACGCCUGUAAUCCCAGCACUUUGGGAGGC